CAACCAUGAAAUGCUGCGAGGAAGCUGAAGGGGAGGAGGAGAGGAGAUGAAGGAGAAGAGAAGAAGCAAUUAUUGCUAUGAGUCUCAUUCUGUCCAUUUAUGAAUCCAGCCGUGUUUAAUGCGGAUGCUGGAGGUCAAGGCCGGUUUCUGAGGUGGACUCGGUGCCAAGAGCUGCGCGUGACGUCAGGGCUGGAGCGUGAUAGAAGAGCGUUUCACCUGUUUUAUUUGAAAGGUUGUUUGUUUAGUUUUUUGGGAAUCAGUGAGGCUGCCUUCACAUCAAUAGUAAUAAUAAAAACACGUGUUCCCACAGUUUUAGGCUUCAUAUUAUGUUAAUUUAUGAAUCACUGGUUUAGCACCACAAUACAUUAAAGAUGUGUUGUUGUACUAUCUGCCCUAGAUCCUCCUCACAGCAUGAUGCUGGCACCACCGUGUUCCUCAACAAAGGAGCAUACCUCUGUCAGCAGCAUGGGACAGCAUCUAGUAAAGAGGGAGACGCCCGCAGACAGCAAGGUAAGAAGAUAAGACCCUCUAAGAUAGCUUCAUCACCUGAACCCAAAGCGACAGCAGCAGCAGAAACACCAAAGGAAGCAGCCGAGCCUGAAUCACCGGAUGAAGUUUUUGGCCUGGUCGAGGCAGAUGCGAAGCAGAACAAUGGCUGCGUCUCGGAGAACCCGGCGGUGACUGACUCCACGGGCGCUGAGGGCCCCCGCCAGCCCUGGAGCCUCGCCAGCACAGCUGACCCUGACGCCGCCACGCCACGCCCCCACCUGGUCCGCCUCUUCUCCCGAGAUGCCCCGGGCCGCGAGGACAACACCUUCAAAGAGCGACCCUCGGAGUCGGACGAGCUGCAGACCAUCCAGGAGCACAGCGGAGCGGCGUCGGAGUGCGGGUCGGAGAGCCCCGAGCAGGACUUAGAAUAGGCUGACUUUUUUUUUUUUUUUUUUUAAUUUU